CACGUGACAAAUUCGCCUUCGGCUUGGUAAGUGUUAGCAUUACCACAAGCGCGCCUAUCUUUCGGCAGCGGGUAGCACACAUCUGCCUACCGUUCACGUCCUGGUUCGGUUCGGUCCCAUCACCAACAUGUCGGGAGUGCAGCGGAUGAAAGUGGCGAACGAGCGGCACAGCAAGACAAUCACACAGCGGGGACACGUCCAGAAAACAUCGCGGCCCGUCAACGAGGAGAAGUCUCCGGUGGGUCCGUGGCUGCUGGCGCUCUUCGUCUUUGUGGUUUGUGGAUCAGCAAUCUUCCAGAUCAUCCAGAGUAUCAGACAGGGCAUGUGAUGACCUUUAACAUCUGGAGCUGUGGCAGAGUUGGACCCUUGACUUUGAUACACACGCUUGGGAAGCAAACCAGUUUAUCUUAUUUAGUUAUUUUUGCUUUGCUAUUGUAUUGACCAGAUAUUUAGUGUCAUGUUUGUUCGGAUCAAACGUGCGACAGGCUUCACCUAAAUUUGUUAGUUGCAUUUUUUUUUUUUUAGUCAACACAAAGCAUAUCAAGUUAACAGACUAUGUUGUUUACUACAUUUUCCAUAUAUUCCAAUGAAAACGAUGACACAUCCACAAUGCUUUGCUUUGUUUAUGUCCAAAGCUGAAGAGCCGCAGCUUUUAUAUGAAAUAAAGCAGAUAUUUUUCUC